AUGGUCGGAUUUCUGCCAGGUUCCGCCUCCGCCUCCAAUCCGCAGGUUGCCAAGCAAGGCUGGCCAUUCGCGACGCGACAAUCGAAACGAUUCAAGAGCUGGAGCGCGCGAACAACCCUUCUGGUCUUAACAAUUAACCCCUUCAAUCGGGUCAAGGGAUAUUACAUCGUGCGAGGAGAGCCUACCUCAUUCUCCCGUGUUUCUACCCCUGCAUUCUGGCGAUUAACCUCGUCCCUAUCGGUAGCUGUGACCCUCGUCACCAGAGACACCCCACGUCUACGACCUGCGCACGCAAACCUGCCCCCAACCCUACGCCACUCACCCACGCCAAUCAUCACCGACAAGCUCAUAUUCGAAGCUGACAAGACCCUGGCCGAAGUUGCGGUUAUCUAUCUGCUUCAAAGACAAGACACAUGCGAGUGCACAUGUCGUGUUGGACUUACUUUUGAAAAGUUGGAGAAGCAGACAGAGGCUAUCGGUUACUUCCAGUCCUCGUUCCACCUGUCCAUAUCACGUCUUAUCGUCGAGUUCGCCUCGCGCAAACGAUCCUUCGCAAGAGGUAGAUUCAUCGGUGCUUUAACCGUGCCCGACACGACCCCUCGAACUUUGGGACGACCUGUCUCUCGGAUACGGAUACGCCCACCCACUAAGUCCGUACGAGAAGCGCUCAAAGGAGUCGUCGGGGUGCGCCAAAGGCUUGAAGACGAUCGAAGUACCCGAGCGGUUCAGCGUUAG